CACUUAGAUCAUCCUAACAACACUGCUGAUGACUGGCUGGAGAGUCAUGAAUGAACCUUCAUGAUUGUGCGUAUACAAACAACCUCCUUCAGUGGCUCGGGAAGUUUGUUUCUAGAGGCCAAUAAUCUUAAUGGGAACUUAAAGGUGAGAGUUUAUUAUUAAAAGAUGUCAGACUUCCUUUGUUGUGGCUGUUUGGCAGAAGAUAUGUUAUUUCCUCAACUUAAAUCAGAGCCAAACCUUAUUAGAGGGUGGCAAACCUCCGCCACACUGAAAGAUUACAGCAAACUACCAUUUACAAACUGUCAAGUCAAAUUGUGAAUGAAGUCUGCCUGCACAACAGCAGCAAUGCUUAUGAGAAGUUUACCGCAACUGCCAGUGUGUAUUUUAGGUUAUGUUCCUUUCAGCCAUUCUCACACUUGGUCUGGAUUUGACACCCUGUGGCAAUCCUGUCCUAUCCAGUAAUCAUCUUUUCAAAAAUGGUCUACACUGUUUUGACAGGAAUGACACCCUCAGGACCUUAUUUUAGCAGUGUGGAGAAAUGUUAUGCGAAUAAUGACCGUGAAAAGUGAAAUGUUUUGCUGGUGUUAAACCAUUGACAUGCGUCCUUAUGCAUAUGAACUAUCUUCCUGCACAAAAUUGAAUAAUUUUUCUUGGAAGAAGAUGAAAAUAGAGCUCAUUUGACAUGAGUGGUGAGCAAAACUACCCCGACAGUGGUCGUAUUAAUAAACAGGUAACCGUGCUGAGGGAAAAGUUUCUGACAGGCAAUAAUACAUGUGGUAAUUGGAAUGAUAUGACUCAUGCAGCCCACAGAGCAGUCUGACGGACCUGGUUUGAUUCCUGCCUCUAACCGACAAAAGAUCCUCAUGAAGCAACUAAGACUGGAUCAAAGCGAGGCUUGGCUUUGCAUUAAUCAGCAGGAAACAACAAAAUAACACAUUCUGUGCCUAGAAUAGGAUUAAUCAACAAAAACGGACAAGCAUCUUUUAUAGCAGCCACUUCUAAAUGAAUUAGUUGGCCAUUGAAAAUAUAUUAACUAACUCCAUUCUUGUGUACAGGACUUUGGAUAUAAGAAAAAUAGCAUUUUUUAUUUUGUCUAACAUAUGUUGUGCAUUCAUAAUGACACAUCCAUGUCAAGACUGACUACAUUCUGACAGAGCACAUUCAUGAAUUAUAAUACUUUUGCACUGCACAUGUGUUGGAGGGUGUGACUCUUGCAGUUCUGAUCAAGCCUCAUCUGGAUUCUGAACUGGAUUUUAGUGCAUCGCUCAUCCCAUAAACCUUUCAUGUACAGAUUUUUUUUUUUUUUUUUAAUUGAGCAAUAAUAAUGUUGUUUACAACUUUAAACAAGCUAAAAAAUUUAGCUUGUUUUGCAGGUUUUCUUUUUGGCAAACUACUGAUGUUCCUUUUUCAAUAAAGGCUGUGCCUGCUACACAAAUUGCUGACAAACCUGAGAUGAAUGCAAGCAGGACAGCUGGUAGAGGGACACUUAAGCUUCACCAUCUUUAUCACAAAUGUGUACAUUCUUCCAUUACUAAAAAUAAGUGUUAUGGUCAUGCUAAACUUAAAUGCACUGUUUUUGUUAAGUGAAUACAGAUAAAGUGGGCCUCUUUCAAAUAAUUUGUCAUUGGAAUUUUUAAAAUAUGUUCAAAAUAGCUACAUUAAUGUCAUCCAUAAAAGAAAGAGUGGGGUAAGUUGUCACAUGGGGAUUUUUAUUUUAGUUUUUGUUCUAAUUCUUUACUAAUUUACCAUAUUACCAUAAUACUUUACUAAAGCUGUUGGGUAACAAGCGAACACAGUAAAAUCACAUUAGUAAAGCUCAAGAUUUUAACUGAAACUUAUAAAAAAUAUGUCCUCUGAACAACAUUAUUUUUAUAAAUUGCAGGUUGGGCAAAAAGUGAUGUUUCAAAUGUCAAAUUUUGCUGUUUUAUUUAUUGUUUUGCGUUUAAAAUACCCAGUUUAAACCAGAUUCAGUCAUAUAUAUUUUCUCCCAGUCUGUUGGCUGGUUCUAACUGGUUUUGGGCACUUUUAAUUGUUUAAUGUUUGAAUAACUGUCUCUUCUUUCCUCCAAUAUUUUCCUAUAUAUAAAGUAAUUUACAAAAAUAAACCUGAUGUAAACAGUGUUAUAACUAGCCCCAUCUUCCCUUUUCCAAAGUGGAUCUGAAAUCUGUUUCAUACUGCUUUUUAUGUAUCCAACUUGACUAAAAAAUCAAUUAAAAAAUCAUGCUUAAACAAUCAAAAAACAAAAUCAUAUAAUACUUUGUAAACAUUUCCAGCAUAAGGCUUGUUUUCCUCCCCUCAGACGUCUUUCUGUCUUGUUUUGGACAUAAACUCGCCAGCUUUACGCAAUGAGUCAUCGUCGGAGUCCUUAUUACGCAUGGACAAAAAUCAAUGUGUAAGGUGGAGCAAAAGAAGGAGCGAAGUGAGUGGUGUGUCAGCGGAGCAGAUAUAAGGUGAUUGGACCGCGGGAAGCGAGUGUUCACUUGAAUCUCAGUGCAGAGGACGCGUCUUGGCUGUGACCAUGGAGAGCUCCAAACUCUGGACCACAGCGAUGGCAUGCGCUGUGCUGGUGUCCUGCAUUCAGGGUGCUGAAAUGGACUUUGACAACGAAUCCGACUUAGAAACGAGAGCUUUGAGGGAGUUUUACCCAAAGGACCCGAAUCUGACCAACGAAAAGCAGCUCCUCGGGGCUUUACACGACGUUCUGGAGAAACUGCAGAGUAAACGCAUCUCACUUUGGGAAAAGAAGUUUGGGCGCGUUCCUACAUGCGACGUUGGGGAGCAAUGCGCCAUCAGGAAAGGAUCAAGAAUCGGCAAAAUGUGCGACUGUCCACGUGGAGCGUUUUGCAAUUACUUUUUGCUGAAAUGUUUGUAAAGAUAAAAAACGGAUUGUGAAUUGGAAAUAUACACAUGAUCUUGCAGAUAUUUAUACAUUAUGUGAUUUCUAUUUUUAUGAUUAUGAAGUGCAAUGAGAAGAACAGAUGAAUUUGAAAGAUUGUUUAAUUAUUUGCUGCUCUUGAUGUGUAUUUAAACCUGAAUAAACUGUGUGGACUUUUGUUUUCUAAGGCAGUCUGUGUGUUUCCUCUAGUU